AUGGGUGUUGGGAAGACUUGUCUUGUCCAAAGAUUCAGAAAUGGUGUUUUCUUCGAGAAGCAGGGGACUACGAUUGGGGUGGAUUUUAAUGUCAAGACGUUGGUGGUGGACGAGAAAAGUAUCAAGCUGCAGGUGUGGGACACUGGAGGUCAGGAAAGGUUCAGAACAAUAACUCAGAGCUACUAUCGAUCGGCUCAUGGUAUUGUUUUAUGUUAUGACAUCACAUGCAGACAGUCCUUUGAGUCGCUACAUAGAUGGAUUGAAGACGUUUCUAAGUUUGCAGUUCCAAAUGUUGCAAAAGUGCUAGUGGGUAAGAAAGAUUUAUAUUUUUUUUAAGUUUAGGGCUUUAUUAUUUCGUCGUUGACAUAAGUAAAACUUUACUUUGCAGCUACCAAAGCAGACCUUGAAGAUCGUCGUAUGGUGGAGUUUGAUGAGGGUCUAGCAUUGUCCAAGUCUCACAAUAUGUUGGGUUUUUUUGAGGUGUCUUCGAAGACAAAUAUUAACGUUGACUCGGUGUUUUACGAGAUGGCCUUACAGUUAAAGUGUCAGUACGAUGUUGGCAAAUUGCAAGAUAAUGGCUUUGGGCAGUUUAAGUUAAGCUACCCCGAGACCAUAUCUGUAUCUUCUGGGUGGAAGAAGUGUUGUGGAUACAGUCCUGCUUUCUAG